AUGGCUGGAGCGUCCGUCUCAUGUGGGCCGUUUGCGGGCAUGGCCGCAGGGUUGUUCAGCGAUCACGUACACCACUACUGGAAAACUGGCAUUUUGUCGCGCUCUGCGAUUGACAUCGACCAAGCCAGAUUCGUGAACCCGACGUUCUGCCACUCGAUUUCUGCGGCGCCUCGUCUGAUGGGAGACCGCUGUACUCUGCACCAUCUUUCGUAUCCGUUGCAGAGCUUUCAAUUGGCCGACUCCUUCGUUGAGUCAGAGCAACAGCUUGUCCGUGUUGCUCAAUCUCAGUUCGCUGGGUGGUGUCGUGCUUUCCAAGCUUGCGAUCGCGACAAAGUCACCGUCCGGUUCAUGGCCGGCGACGCGCUCGCAUUUUGCCACACGCUACUCGAGGGAUCUACAGCAAACUACGCGGUCAACGGUUGGAAGUCAGUGACGAUGAAAUUGGAUUCCGGCGAUGUUGCUUUCCCGACCGUUUUCGAUGUGAUUGACACCCCGAAUGUGUCUGACCACGUGGGCCUGCUCAACCUCCUCGUUGCUGCCGCGCCGCUUCUUCGUCGCAAGUCGUUUGCACGAUUGAAUACGGAGUUGGUCUGCUUGAGCCGAGACGGAGGAAACAAUCUGCCGAGUCUUCUGUGCAGCGACGUUCCGACUGCGUCUCUCUUACUGGGAUUAUAUCCCAGUCCGGUCGAUGCCGCUCUUGCCGCUCAAUCCACAACUCUUCUCGUCGAAGAACCUGUGCAAUAUGUCUGGCGUAUCACGUGGAAGCCCGCCGGUUGCGGAAUGGUUCCCCAGUUUCCAGACGCCAAUGCGCUGGCCGCAGUGCUCUUUCAGAUCUACAAGCAGAUGUUCGGGGAUGAGGCUGAUUUGACACGCUCCGAGGUACAUUACCACAGGCCGUCCUUUGCUGCUCUUCUCCGUUUGGCCAAAUCGCGAGUACGGGCAGACUGGGACGCUGUCUUCGGCUCGAUAUUUGAUCGCCUUCAAUCUGACCGGACGCUGUUGAUGGGAUCGAACAACUACCAAGAGUUGUGUUGUCAGCUUCAUCUCCAUGGUAUAUAUACCGUCGACAUCCUCCGCGAUCCGCUGCCUGCCAGAGAUUACAAGCGCAUUUUCAAGGAUUGGAGAGAGGUGCCCCCCGUAGUCUGUGUGACUCUGGUCGUGCCUCGUCAGAACAUCCGGCACCUGGAGGAGCGCAGUGCGGGACAGCAGCUGGGCACUCCUCGCCUGCAACUGGAAAUCCGUGGCGCAUCCUUCCACAACAUCUUUUCUGCGAUACAACUGGCGUUCGGACGGGUGCAGGCUCAAGGGUCUGGCGAGGAUCGCACGAUAACGAUCGACGAGGACGGUCGUGGAUGGAAUGGCUCAUCUUCGCUCAUUGUGUGGGCCAUCCUUCCUGCAUUCAAUCUCGUCCAUGGUGAGACGCCAACACGCGUAUCGCUCGAUCUCCAUUCUACGCCCGAGACAGCGAUAUGGGCUGGGUUCAGUGGCCUGGCGCUCUUUUCCGCUGUUGUCACCAGUCAAUAUUUGUAUGUCACGCAGAACCGACCCAACCAGAACGGCCCACUACCUCUAGGAACAGUCGCGGCUUCAUAUGAGGGAAGCAGCUCAGUAUCAUGCAACGUGUCCGAUACCCAAAUCCGCUCUAUGGCUCUGCGGUGGUCCCCGAAUGACACGAUUGCAUUGGCAGAUGCUGAGGUCCAGCACUCGCAGCAUUCUUCGCGGUCGGUACUAGUCACGAUUGAUGAUUCAGUCUCGCACGAACUCGAAUACCCCUACCCCAUCGACGCCGCGAGGCUAAAAGCUCGCAUCGCACGCAAGUCUGGGUGGAUCGAGGUUGAGGCAUCUGUGCGCAAAUGGGAGCCCUCGCCUUUGCAACUGAAAUGGCGAUCCACCUUGAAUGAUUGUGCCGAGUUUCUCCCCCGCGUGAAUUGCGAUCUCUCUCCCACAGCUGACCCGACUCGGAUCGACUGUCUGAACCGCAUCUUCGCAUUUCAGCAUCUGCUCAUGAUGUCUCCCAGAGAACGACGGGCGGGAAACGACGAUGAGAUGCGGAAGAUCAAGAGUCCUCUAGCCAAAAUACUGUCCCAAAUCGAUCCCGCCAAGCCAAAGCAUGUGUUUGGUUUGGUCACGGCCGAGACGCAGGCGCCCGAGACAUUGAUCAUCGUGCAAACCUUGCGUCUUGACCUGGGCUCGGACAGCGUUUUCGCGGAUUGCGGCAUCUUACCAGUCACGCGGGGGCUCACAGAGAGCCCUCUCGCCUCAAAGAUCGAUGCGCUUUCCAAGUUGGCGACCAAAGUGAUCAUCGACCGCACGACUUGGAGGCAUUUGCUUGUCGCUUUCACCGAGCGCUGCCGCGACUGGUUCCACAAACCCGAUUGUCUCUAUGCGUUGGCAGGGAAAGCGCCGCUGUCUCUGGAAGCUGGUCAGAAUUGGCUAUGUUCAUGCGGCUCGGGCGUCGGCAUUUACUCUCAAGAUCCGGACCUGGCUGGCCUGAUGACUCGUGCCGCGAUCGCACCCAUCUUCGCAGUCCCGUAUUGGGAGCGGGUCACUUCGUUCGCUGAGCUCAAGGCGCUGUAUGAGGCUGUGAUCCGUUGUGCGGCCUGUCAGAAAUCUGGAGGAGCUUUGUUGACAUGCAGCUCUUGCAAGAAAGUGCAGUAUUGUAGCCGAGAUUGUCAGAAAGCGCAUUGGAAAGUGCACAAGAAACAAUGCAUGUAGUUAGGUCGUGUAGUUCAGCUCCCAGUGGUUACGAACGAAUUCAUUUGGUGACG